AGGCCUUGUGGAGGUUGUAGCCCUGGAUUUCCUAAAGAUGGAAGGUCAUGGUUAUGACCAAUUUGGAGAUGGGGAGAGGGACGGUUACCAGAUCGACUACCGGAGGAUUGUAGGGGACAUGAAACCAGCACGACUAUGCAUCUCAAACAGAGAUGGGGAACAGCCUCGCCCCUAUGAGUCCUGUGCCCACCCAAUGCCAUAUGGACAUGGGCAUGAGACUGCAGCCCAGCGCUACACUGCUACACGAAUCCAAGCUGGAUAUGAACCAGAGAGCAUGGCAGACUACUUGAUCAGUGGAGGCACAGGUUAUGUUCCUGAAGAUGGGUUAACAGCACAACAGCUCUUUGCUAUCGGCGAUGGACUUACAUACAAUGACUUUGUGAUCCUCCCUGGUUUCAUAGAUUUUACUUCUGAAGAGGUGGACCUAACUUCUGCACUGACAAGAAAGAUAACCCUGAAGACACCUCUUAUUUCAUCCCCCAUGGAUACAGUCACAGAGUCAUCCAUGGCCAUUGCCAUGGCACUGAUGGGUGGGAUUGGAAUAAUUCAUCAUAACUGUACUGCUGAGUUCCAAGCCAAUGAGGUGCACAAAGUCAAGAAAUUUGAGCAGGGCUUUAUUACAGACCCGGUGGUAAUGAGUCCACGACAGACGGUGGGGGAUGUGUUUGAGGCCAAGAUACGCCAUGGUUUCUCUGGAAUCCCAAUCACAGAGACUGGCAAGAUGGGUAGCAAACUUGUUGGCAUAGUGACCUCCAGAGACAUAGACUUUCUGUCUGAGAAAGACCAUGAUAGACCUCUGGAGGAGGCAAUGACCAAAAGAGAAGAGUUAGUUGUUGCUCCAGCUGGAGUCACCCUAAAAGAGGCUAAUGAUAUAUUGCAGCGUAGCAAAAAAGGUAAGCUCCCCAUAGUGAAUGACAGUGACGAGCUGGUCGCCAUUAUUGCUAGGACUGACUUGAAGAAAAACAGAGAUUAUCCUCUGGCUUCCAAGGACUCCCGCAAGCAGCUGUUGUGUGGAGCUGCCAUCGGUACCAGGGAGGAUGACAAAUAUAGGCUGGACCUUCUCAUGCAGGCUGGGGUAGAUGUAAUAGUCCUGGACUCCUCUCAAGGAAACUCAGUAUACCAAAUCAGCAUGAUAAACUACAUCAAGCAGAAAUAUCCUGAACUUCAGGUAGUUGGAGGAAACGUGGUGACAGCUGCUCAGGCAAAAAACCUCAUAGAUGCUGGUGUGGAUGCCCUGAGGGUGGGCAUGGGUUGUGGUUCAAUCUGUAUCACUCAGGAAGUAAUGGCAUGCGGACGACCCCAAGGUACAUCUGUGUACAAGGUGGCAGAGUAUGCCCGACGUUUUGGGGUGCCGGUAAUCGCUGAUGGAGGCAUUCAGACUAUUGGACAUGUGGUGAAGGCUCUGGCCUUGGGAGCAUCUACAGUGAUGAUGGGGUCAUUGCUUGCAGCAACCACUGAAGCGCCAGGAGAAUAUUUCUUUUCAGAUGGUGUGCGUCUGAAGAAGUACAGAGGAAUGGGCUCCUUGGAUGCAAUGGAGAAAAAUAACAGUCAGAAACGUUAUUUCAGUGAGGGAGAUAAAGUAAAGGUGGCUCAGGGUGUCUCAGGCUCAGUACAAGAUAAAGGCUCCAUCCAUAAAUUUGCUCCUUACCUCAUUGCUGGUAUCCAACAUGGCUGUCAGGACAUAGGAGCCAAGAGCUUGUCCAUUUUACGCUCAAUGAUGUACACUGGAGAGCUGAAGUUUGAAAAGAGAACCAUGUCUGCUCAGAUGGAGGGAGGAGUCCAUGGCCUCCACUCUUAUGAGAAACAGCUUCACUGAGGCGGGAGGAAGGGGAAACAUUCGUUCUGGGCCUGAUGUGCCAAC